UAAGUCGCCGAAAUACCACGAAAAUAGAUGUCUGCCGAACUUGUUUUGGAUUUUACAUGCAGUAUUUACCAGCAAGAAAAAACAGAACAGUUGAUAAUGGUUCCUUGGUUGAUUAAAGUGAGGAAAUUGAAAAUUAACCUAAACAAAUUCAAGGACUAAACUGAACAACAGUACUGCAGUUCCUGCAAUGGUGAAAAACAUAAUCUUGAGAACCUUGAUAUUCAAAUCACUAUGACAAGUGAAGACUUACUGCAACCUGGACAUGUAGUUAAAGAAAGAUGGAAAGUGGUAAAGAAGAUUGGAGGAGGUGGAUUUGGUGAGAUAUAUGAGGGAUUGGACCUUGUAACGAAAGAGUUGGUUGCCAUCAAACUGGAGUCAGCUAAGCAAGCUAAACAAGUACUCAAAAUGGAAGUGGCUGUUUUGAAGAAACUUCAAGGAAAGGAGCAUGUCUGUAGAUUUAGUGGAUGUGGACGCAAUGAUCGUUUCAACUAUGUUGUGAUGCAAUUACAAGGGAAGAAUCUUGCUGAAUUACGUCGUAGCCAACCUCGUAGCGCCUUUAGUCUCAGCACAACUCUACGGUUGGGGUUGCAAAUACUGAAAGCCAUUGAAAGCAUUCAUGAAGUUGGAUUUCUCCACCGAGAUGUUAAACCUUCCAAUUUCUCCAUGGGACGGCAACCUCACAACUGUCGUAAAGUGUACAUGCUAGACUUUGGUCUUGCUCGGCAGUAUGUAACAGCAUCUGGUGAAGUACGACCUCCCCGAUCUGCAGCAGGAUUUAGAGGAACUGUUCGCUAUGCUUCCAUCAAUGCUCACAAAAACAAAGAGAUGGGCAGACAUGAUGACCUGUGGUCUCUCUUCUACAUGUUAGUGGAGUUUGUAAAUGGACAGCUUCCUUGGCGAAAAGUUAAGGAUAAGGAACAGGUUGGCUGGAUGAAAGAAAAAUAUGACCAUCGUGUUCUGCUGAAACAUCUCCCUUCAGACUUCAGACAAUUUCUGGACCAUGUUUGCUCCCUGAACUAUUAUGAAAAGCCUGAUUAUGAUAUGCUUGCAGGACUGUUUGAACGAUGCAUGAAACGACGAGGAGUUAGAGAGAGUGACCCAUUUGACUGGGAAAAAAUUUACAUUGAUACUUCUUCUGCAACCACAACUUCUACUUCUGCUGUUGUUUCCAAACCUAUCCUUCCAGACACUGUUCCUCUGGCAACUCAAGGAACGGAGAAUAUGUUGGAAAAUAACAUUUUGGUUACUUAUGAAGACCGUGGAGAGAACUACACACCAGAUGGGUACUGUGAAGCUGUACGUGUUAAGGACUCUUACUCUAAAGAAGAUCCACGAACAAAGUACAGAACAUCAGGAAAUUUUACAUCAGAGCCAACAGGACGAGUCGUAAUCCCUGAUAACCAUCAACGUGCAGUGACUACCAAGUCCACAACAGUGUGUGAGAACAUCAACCUCAUAAAUAAUAAUAAUAAUACCCAGAAAGAGAAACAAGCUGAUGUAGAAAUUGGAGACUCAAAAGUUCAGGAACAGAAGGAAUUCAGGAGAAAGAAAGAUAAUGUCCAACAAAAAGUGAAGGCUUGGGAGAUUAGAGAAUCAGAUCAUGUGUUAUCAGUAACAAAGCCAAUACAGAAGACUGUAGUACAUAGUAAAACCAGAGAAGAAGUCCCUGUAUGUCAAAAGGAACUGCCUGGACUUCGGAGAGAUGCAAUCCAAGAAAAUGUAAAAAGAGAAUUAGGGGAAAGGAAUGAAAGUCCACAAACCAAAGAUUUAGAUUUCACUGAACAAGUGUCUGGUAACCAAGCUUGUGAAAUACCUAAAACUACUCAAAGUGAUGUAAGUAGAUGUACACCACCAUUAAGCACCCCACCAACAGAACCCAGACUCCCCCGAGAUUCUACAGUUGUACAUCGAGAGUCUAAACCUCGUCGGCUUUACCCUGUCAGGACACGUUACAGGGAUGUAUCUGUGACUCAGUUUGCCAUAGCAGAUGAUGAUAAUAUUUCAGCAAUGCAGCAGGUGACAAAAGGUGGAGCUGCUGCUUUGACUCUUGCAUCUAAAUGGCAGGUUUCUUUUGAUGAUAGUGAAGAAACUGACAAUGAAUUGGAGGAACAUGUCACAGCUACAUCUCCUGAACAUCGAGCUCUUAGACGUGACCAAUCUGGUGCUUCUCUUCAUAAGUCAGAAAAACACUCUACAGACAGAGAAAAGUGUCAUGCCAAAUUAAAAGAAAAGCAAACAGAACCUUUGUUUGAUAACAAACAAGGGGAGAAGGAGGAAGAGCUUCUAGUCCCUGAGAAGAAUAAAAUAGCUAGAAGAAAAUCUUCAUUGAAGUCCAGUGUGUCACAAAAAGUCAAAUCACACUUUAGAGAUGAUAGAGUAAAGGACAGGUUUCAUAUCCAAAGAAAAACAUUGCCACUGAUCUCAUCAUGUAAUAGAAAUAUACAGCGCUCAUGGAGUUUUCCACGACUCCCGUAUGGGGUACACUCAAUUCUUCUAGUGUCUGUGAAACACAAUGCAUCAGAAUUUACACAAAGACAAGUUCAAAAAGGAGGAGAGCUUAAUUUUGUGCAAGAUGGUAAGCAAACUAACAUUGUAUCUAGAAGAGCUUCUUUACCCAGUCUUCAGUUCUGCUUUACAGAUGGUGUGAAGAAUCAUAAUCCUGAUGUGCAAACGAAAGGAACUUGUUUCAAAGAUUUAAAAGAAAAAUUUGAAUUACAAAACAGUAAUAUUGCAAUGUUUGAUCAACAGAUUGUAAAUUCUGUGAAUAGUAUUAAGGCAGAGGAAGCUACAAAAAUGUCUGAAGAAGCUGCAACAGAAAGCAGUAAAUCAGGGACAAGAUCAGUAAGUCCACACUCUAGGGGCAUUCUUAAAAAACCUAGUCUUGAAAAGUCUGCAUCUCAAGAACUUCAACAUUUUGUUUCACGAAAAGUUGUUCAUAUCUCUGGUGAUGAAAGAAGAGUUUCUGUAGGCUCACAAGAAGUUCCUAAGAAAUUGAAAACAAAUCCAAGUAAAAGUGAAAUUGGAAAAAUGUAUGGGCCAGAACUUAAUAUUUCCAGUUGCACUGUUUCAAGUGAUGAUAAUUUAAAAGCUAAGAGAGACGAAUCUGCAGAUAUGUUUCUAAGAGGGGAUGAGAAAAGUAAUACUUCACUUUUGCAGAAGAAACAAAAAGAAUUAAUAUCUGGUAACUAUAAUCAAAAUGCAUCAGUAACCAUUCUCUCUGAUGUACCGGAGACCUAUAAAUUAGCUAACCUCAAGAGCUCUGAAAUACACAUACCAAAUGAUUCUAGCAGGAAAACCUCCCAAGUUGUUGUGUCUUCUGUGGAAAAGUGCAUAACUGAUAGCUCAUCAGCAAGAAAGCACUGUGAUGAAAAAUUCCUUUGCUCGUGUCAGAAAAAAAAGGUGUUAAAAUAAUGGACACAUCUUUCCAUAGAAAAGAUAAAUAUAGUAUAGGUGCUAUUUCACAGAAACAAGUAGUUGAUCCUGUGCAGUCAUUAUCCAGCAGUGUUGCCGACGCCCCACCAUCUCGCAUUCCAGUUCGACUUGGGGAAUCCCAGAGAGAGUUUCUGAAGGACUUAGAUAUCAGUAGUAUGUUGAAGAGUCAGACUAUAACAGGUUUGGAUGAUCUUGAUCAACAAAUAAAAUCAAAGGGAGCACAAGAACAAGAAAGGCCAGAAUCUUCAGUUGAAAACAUCCACCAAGGUGUUUUUAAAAAUGAGUUUGUAUUAGAAAAAUUUAACAGACAUAGCAUACAAGGCUUAGAGUACCCUUCCAGUGUUGGAAGUUUACCAACUUACAGGAGUGUAUGUCAGAUGUAUAUCUUAUCUGGGCCUUCCAUGGAAGUUUCUAUUAGAGAUGGGCAAGAUGAUAUAAACACUGGAUUAACUGAUAAAAAAAUAAAUAAUUACUGUGAAGAAAACUAUGAACAGGUUGAUAAAAGUUUUGAAAAGACUGAAGAAAAUAUUAAAAGCAGUGGCAUGACUGAUCAAAGAACAUGUGAACCUACUAAUGGCAUUAAAAUAAAACUGUCUAACUCCAUUGAUGAAUCUGAAAAAGAAAUGCCUCAAAUCAGUGAAAAGAAGAAAGAAGCUUGUAAAAAACGUGGAAGUGAUGUAACUGAAACUACUGAAAAUCAAAACAAAAGAUUAAGUGAAGCAACAAAGAAAUCAGCAGUAGGUAAAACCGAAAUCAAUGAAAUACCUAAUUUAACAAAAAACAUUAUCAGUGACUUGCAUGAAAGAAAACUGGGUGAAAUCAGUAAACAAAUUGAAGUAAUAAAAGCUGAUACUGCUGAAGUGUGUGGGAAAAUUAAAGAAGGUACACUUCAGAUAAGUGAAAAUGUUGAUUUAAGAAGGGAAAAUAUUAGUGUAAAAUCUGAAGAUAUAGCUGAUAUCAAUAUAAAGUGUGAGGAUGAAGUAAUCAAACAAAAUCAUGAAGAAGAAGUAACUGAGACUAAUGUAAGAGAUGACAAAGAAUUACUAGAAACAACUAAAAAGCCUGUAAGUGAAAUACCUAAUGGUAAGCCAGUACAGGAUACUUGUUAUCCCAAAGAAUAUCUAACAGCAAUGUAAAAGAUACAGAAACAACUGAAAUUAGUGAAAAUGAUAAAGGUUAUAAAAUGUAUAAAGAAGAAAAUGGUGGAAGAGAAGCAGCUGAAAGAAUCCAAGAAGAAAAUAUUGAUUUUAUCUCAAGAGAUAGUUUUUUACUACAGCAGUUUCAGAGACCUUUAACUGAUGACUCCAGCUCAAAAGUAGAGUCCCAUUUUCAUCGUUCUAGAUACAAUCGUAGCAUCAGUUGGGAGCCUCAAACUCAGCAAGAGAAACCAGAGGUUCUUCAACGUCGAGAUAGCUCUCAAGAAAAGCCUGCAAAAAAUGGGAGAUUGUUCAAGCCUCAAUCGUAUAAAAAGUUGCAACCACCUGGAAUUGCUACUGGAGAAUCUCGUAUUCCUAGACCAAGAAUUCGUCAACAGCUUUCUGAUCCUAGUGGGAAACUCUAUAAUUAUAAUGUCAGCAUACAUGCAUUUGGAGAAGAUUUACGUGAUUCAAGCCUGGUUACUCCAAGCUUUAAAAAUAAGGUGCCUAAUUGCAUAGAAGAAAACAUCCAGAAAUCACCAGCUUCUCUUACCAAGGAAGUAGAUCAGUCACCCAGGGCAUCACCAGAAAAUGUACCCACUCAUGUGCAGGUUUCAUCUAGGAAAUGCAGAUACUACACAGUUUCUACUGAAGAAUUUGCUGUUUCAGGAAGUGAAGCUUCCCGCAGUAGUUCACCAGAAUGAUCUGAACUAUGAGCUUCAGCACAGAAAUGAAAAUGGAAACAUACUGGUCCACAGAUAAGAAUCUUGUAUAAUUGAUUCAUGUUACUCAAGGGUUAAAUUAAGAGUCAAUGAUAUUGUUUUUAAUAGCAAUAUCUCCUAAUUUAUUUUAGUAGAGUUGAUAGGCAGAGAAGACUUGAAAUCUACAUUUUUACAAGUUCUACAUAUAAAAACAGCUUUCUUUCAAGAUCAAAUCUAGUCAUUUUGUUAACAAUUUUUUUUAUGCAGGUGCAAGAUUUAGUGUUAGUGGUAAAAUCUUUGUUGUUGCUGCUGCAGUUUAUAUGUUGUAAUACGAAUUACUCAGUAUUGUAAAGUAUAAUAUAAUAUAAAUUAUAGUGUGUAUUGUUUUAUACUGCACCAAUAAUAAACUGUUGAAAUGUUGUAAAGCAUUUAAGUAAAUAGAAAAAAUAAAUUUGUUUAGAAGGUUUUACAAACAUUCUGGGCAGAAAGAAAUUUGACAUUUUUCAACAAAUUUGAUGCAGCAAUUAAACCAAUAUUAAGUUGGGUAAUGUAAAACGUGUAUAUAUCUAUUGUAAUCCCUGUGUUGGCUUAAAUAGAAACAUUUUAUUUCUGCAGUUUUUAGUUAGAUUUUUAUUAAGUAUUUAUUUUUCAUUCUUUGCUAGGUACUUCUCAGUGUCUAAGAAAACAGGUGUGAUUUUAUGGCAGCUAUGUACAAUGCAAUAUUAAAUGUUUCUAGUAAGUGCUACAAAUUGUAUAAAGUGUAUAGUUAUUUGUCCAAGCUAUCAGGUUACACAAAGAGUUGUUUUUUUCUGCUAGGUUAUACUACAUAUAAUGUUGCUUAUUGUAUUAAGAAUGCUAACUUCUUUUUGUUUUAAUAGCCUGAUCUUGGAAGUGGUUACUCUUGGGUUUUAAUACCAAUUAGCUUGUGUAAUUUAACACCAGUCAUGUUAGGCUUCAAACCUAGGUCGAGAGUCUUGUUUUUUCUCAUCUCCUCUUCAUUGUGUAGUGUAUGUCACAAUAUAUGUAUUAAACUAAAGAAAAGACUGAUGUUGUACUUAUUAUCCAUAUAUCACCACUAUUGUGGUAGCACUAAUGCUAUUAUAUUACAGACAUAUGUGUACAGCUGUACAUAAAGUUAAGAAUGAUGUACCUGCAUUAUGAUAUGUGGAUAUCUGUUGUCUGAGAAAAUGCAUUUAUGUGAAUGAGAAGAUACUAUCCCAAUAGUAUACUUGCAUUAUGAUUGUAUCUGUACUUUUGAUUGUGUACUUACGUGUGUGGGAAAAGAAAUCAUCUUCUUCCUUAACCUGUACAAGGAUAGUAGUUAUCUGAGAGAAAUUUACAAACAGUGUGGCAGUUACUUUUCUUUUGACACAGUGAUGGCCAUCACACCUAAGAACAGAGUGUACCAAAAAUCUAGUCCUAUAUACACAACCAUAACAUUUAUUAGUUCUGGUGCUCUGUAACAAUUCCACUCCUUCCCCUCCUGCAUGAUGUCAGUUCCAUCCUUUUCUGUAUGAAUAGGAUUAUCUUUUCCCUGGAUAAUGGCUGCCUCAGAAAUUACAAAUUUACAUAAAACAACAUCCUUUAUUGAUUAAUUCCGUGGAGCUGAAACUUUAGUCACACUCUACAUUACUGGAAUGAUAAAAGUAAAUUAAUAAACUGUUGUACUUCUGCUUACUUACACAAAUAGUGGAAUGUUUGAAAAAGGUGUUCUCUCACUCUGAAACUUUGUUAGUCAUAAACUGCAUAUAAUUAUAAGAAUAAUCUUGCUUUGAAUUUCUAGCAUGUAAGUGGCAAUUUGUUGAUUUUGCCAAAAGGCAUAAAAUUAUAUUGUUUUUGUUUCUAACUGUUACACACCAGGUGCUUUUUUGUGAUAUUGGUUAUUGGAACAAUAUGAUGCUGAGUGAUUUGUUUCUUUGCUGUUUGUAUUUUUCAUUCAGUAUUCAUUAGAUGAGAUCUGUCAAAAUAGUUAUAAUCAAUGUUGCAAUGUUUAAUUAAAUAUUAGAUCAAAUUCCAGGGUACUGCUUAAAGUUUUUUUAGUUUACUCAUGGGAAGAAAAUUCAGCUGGUAGCUGUUAGUAUUUUGGUCAUUUUACCAGAAGACUAUCUCAACUGAAUGUGUUUUGUUGUUUAAAUGUUAUAAAGUUGCAUGUUUUGAGGUUUUCCCAAUGUAAUAUGAUCUUUUGAGGUCAGCAUUUAAUCCACUGUAAAGUCACCAACCUAAGUGCUGUAGGUUGUCCACUGUAAUGUUUAGUUUGUUGUAUGUCUGUAUAUUAUUUUUCCAGAAACUCUCAGUGGGAGUUCUGUAGAUUAUCCAUUGUGCAAUUCUAUAUUUUAUAGAAUACUCAGUGGAAAAUAAUCUCGGAUAGUUUUGGAGGUUAUCCAGGGUGAAAAGUGAAUCCAUUUUUGUUGUUCUAGAGAUUAUCCUCUGUGAAAACAUCUUAGUGGAUUCUAAAGGUUAUCAAGUAUGAUAUCAUAUUUGUGGAUUCUGUAAGUUAUCCAGUGUGAAACUAUUUUGGUGGUUUUGUAGAAUAACUAGUAAGAGAUCAUUAUUGAUUCUAUAGUUUACAUAGCAUGAGCUUUUGUUUGUAUCCUAACAAAUACUCAGUAAAGUAUUUCAAGGGUCAUCUAAUUUAAAGUUGUUCCUGUGUACUACAUAGAAUAUUCCUUUAGUUGUUAUCUCUAGGAUUUGUAGAUUAUCCACUAUGAUGUAAUUAAUUCCCAUGUUACAUAGAUUAUCUGUCUCUCAUUGUUUUCUGUAUAGACUAUCCAUUUUGAUCUUGUGUGGAUUAUGCACUUAUUUGUCAUCCCUGGUUAUUAUUUAGAUAAUCUACAUGCUUUCUGGAUUAUUUAGUUUAUUUGUGUUACCUCUUUGUAUCUAGGACAUCAUGCACUUGCAUGUCGUUUUGUAAUUGUAGUUUAAUUUCUUUGACGUUAUCCUCCUGUUUAGUAGGUUAUUCUCUGUGACAUCAGUACUGUCCACAUGAUUAGAAUAAUGACCUGGAGAGAUUAAAGCUAGCUUCAAGAUAUUUCUGAACCAAAAAACAUAUAUCUUUGUAAAUGAGUUAUUGACAUGUGCAUAAUGAAUCAAACUUCUCUUGAUUAAUUCUAAAAAAAUAUUUUAACCAGUAACAAAAACACUCAUUCACAAAGACCAGUGUAACAUAACUGCUGAGUUUGAGAGAAUUAGAAUAUUAACCUAUGGUGUUUGUACUAUGGUAUGUUUAUUCUUUCUUAAAUUACAAUACAUUGUUGAUUUCCAGAGGGAGUUAUCAGGGUUGUGAUUCAUUAACAUAACAUGCUUUUUUUAAAAUUUUAUAUAAGAAAAUGUGAUUUUAAUAGAAGGAAAUUUUAUUUUCAGUUGAGCUCUACAGGUCUUAUUUUCUGUUCUACUCUUUCAUAUUUAUUUCUAUUUUGUUCUCUCUACUUUUCAUGGUAUUUGUAUGCCAUUAUUCAAGAUUGAACUACAGGAGUGUGAAACUUGUAUAUAACUGUGUGCUUGCUGUGCAUGCCAUGAAGUGAAAAUGUGGCACAACUACAACUUACUUAAACUUAAUAGAAGGUGUUAUAUGAGAAUUGUGUGUGGCAAAUGAAUUAUCUGCAUCCUAAGGUGUGAAAAUUAUGGAUGGUUAUCUAGAACAAUACACAAUAAGUAUGAAACCUUUUAAUAGCUAAUGUUAUUUAUUUAUGUUGUUAGUGCAUAUUCAAAGGUCAACCAAGCAGCAUAGAUAAAACAAACAGUGAAUCUACAUUAUUCUAGUCAUAUUAGCUCUCUGCUAUAGAGUUUCAAAUUUAUGAUUCCCUAAAAGUCAUAUUGUUUCUAUUUCUAAUGAAUAAGAAUAUGGUAGAAGUUUAUGUACAUUUCUAUUUGGUGCUAAUUCAAAUAGCCAAAAAUAGAAAAACAAUAGUGGAGUUAAAAGAAAAAGAUGUAUGACCUUUUGCACACAUAUUUUAACUUGAUGUAUCCAGUCGUUUCAUUGAGGUAAGAUGUGGUUCAAUAAGUUCAUUAUAUAGUACAUUGUUAUGUCUUCUAAUUUCAAAGCAAUUGAUAAGUGGAAAAUGCUAAGACAUAUUUAUUAGUAAAAAAAAAACCUGUAUAGUGUAAGCUUGUGCAUUUUAAUACUUAAUAUACUUUUUUUUUAUUGUUAACCUAAAUGAAACUAAUUGUUGAUGAAGUUGCCUUUGCUGAAAAUGUGAUUAUAAACUGUGAGUGCAUAUGUAAUAUGUUAGUGCAGUCUUGAAAAAGUCGUUUUUUUUUGUUUUUUUUUAUAUAUAUAUUAUGUAUUAAAGAAUUUCAGUUGAGAAAUGAAAAGUAAAUGUAAUUGUUAAAACCUAUUAAAUUAUUUGAAAAACCUUAAAUGUGUCUGUGAAUACAAAACUUGGUAAAAAAAUUUUUCAAAAGUUCUGUUUGGAAUAACAGUAUGUAAACUGGAAACAGAGAAGAAACUUAUUUUUUUGGAUGAUUAGUGAAUUAAGAGCUAAGAUAUUACUAUUCAUGUCUAAAAUUAAAUUGUAAAAGGUCACACAAUUUUUAAUAAAAUAGGUUGUAGUUGGAAGGUUUCAAGUUUA